AUGCCGCUGAAACUGCUCUGCCUCCACGGCUGGGGCACCAAUGUCAAGAUCCUCCAAUCUCAGCUGGGUGGACUGAUGGCGGACUUGCGUCGCGAUAACACGGCGACGUUCCACUUCGUCGAAGGCGAUGUGGAUUCGGCUCCGGGGCCCGGCAUCGCGGGCUACUAUGACGGCCCUUAUUAUAGCUAUUAUCGAUUUCCUCUGCCCCUCUCCGGUCCGGAAUCCGGGGAUACGUCAUUGAUGGAAGCAUAUGACUGGCUGUACGAUGUCAUCAAUGAGGACGGCCCCUUUGACGGCAUCCUGGGCUUCUCCCAUGGGGGCACCCUGGCUGCCGGAUUCCUCAUCCACCAUGCCAAAACAUAUCCGCGCGAAGCGCCAUUGUUCCGUUGUGCCAUCUUCAUCAACUCCCUGCCGCCGUUCCGCAUGGAUCCCGGUGGGGAUCCGGUGAUCGAUUCGGACCUGGAAGGGUAUAUCAACAUCCCGACAGUGACGGUUGCGGGGGUGCAGGAUCCGUUGCUGGAGUACUCGAUCGCGUUGUAUCAGCUGUGCGAUCCGAACCAGUCCAUGUGGGUGGUGCAUAGUAAAGGCCAUGAUGUCCCGGGAGACAAGAAGAACGUGUCCUCUAUAGCCACGGCCAUCAGAAAAUUAGCAAUCCAAGCGUUGGCAAUUUGGUGA